AUGGCGCUAAACAUCGACGAGACUCGGGCUCCGGAGACCCUAUUCCUUGAUAUAUCGGUACAAAGAGUCUUGGCCAGGACAGGCCUCGACCCCGUUGAGCCCUGGGCCACCUCGUACGUUAACGCCGUUCGCGACGGAAGGCUCGGAGAUGCAAUAUGGGCCCGCUAUCACAUUUUUGGAAACGUGGUGAAUGGGAAGCUUGAGGAUGGAUCAACUGUACUCCACAGUCUGGAAGAGGAGGCAGUGAGAUAUAAAAAACUUGCCUCUAAAGAGUGGGCUGAUGCUGUCCAAUAUUAUAAACGGACAAGCAGUGCUGACACUCAUCCCGAGGUCAUUGAAGUUAUCCUUCAAGUUGACAAAAAGGAUGUGAGCAAGAUCCGGGUCUCGGAGAGCGGAUAG